AUAUACACCGUUUAUGCGCGAGCAUUUUCAAGAUGGCGGCCAAACUGCGAAGCGURUUGURCAGAAUACCUUGUUAUUCUACAUCAGUACUUAGGUGUCCCUCCAUCGUUUCACAAGGUUUCAAGACAUCAUCUUGUUCUGGUGGUUUAGAAGAAUUCUUUCCUCCUGGUGUACUGGACAAGGGGGAACUUGCUCCUGAGACUGUAAAAACAGGUAGACGAUGGAGAGCUGGAGAAUUGAGGACCAAAUCAAAUGAGGAUUUGCACAAAUUAUGGUAUGUUUUGUUAAAAGAACGGAACAUGCUUAAUACUCUGAAACAUGAGGCAAACCGACAGGGAGUACCCAUGCCAUCUCCAGAAAGAUAUCAUAAGGUGAAGAAAUCCAUGGCAGUUAUCAAACUGGUUCUUGGAGAAAGGG